AUGGCUCCCAGUAUUUCUGGUUUGGCUAUUGCUGCCUUCGGCAUAUGGCUAGCCGGUAGCGUGACGGCUCAAAGUGCAAACGCAUCACUGCCUGUUGUUGAUCUUGGCUACGAACUACACCAAGCCUCCUUCUACAACUCCACAGGCGGAUUCUACAACUUCAGCAACAUCAGAUACGCAGCUCCACCGACUGGUGCGAACCGCUUCCGUGCUCCACAGCCACCAGCGACGAACCGCACUGCCAUUCAGCAAGGCACUCCAGGACGCAUUUGCCCACAAGCUGGCGUGGCUUGGGGUGCGAUUGCAACCCCAUUCAUUGCCGCCUACCUCUCCGGUCAAACACAGUUCAACUCGUCAUCCUUCAACAUCAGCACUGCAAGUAGCGGCAGUCUUCCAGUGCAGGAUCCUCGCUCUACUGAAGACUGCUUGUUCUUGGAUGUUGUCGUGCCAGAGGCGAUUCUCAACAAUGCCGGGAAAGGCUACGGGGCUCCGGUUCUGGUGUGGAUCUACGGUGGCGGCUACACCAUGGGCGACAAGUCUGGCUCCGGCAACCCUGCUGGUCUGCUGCAGCAGAGCGAAGCCAAUAACGGUGGGGGUGUUAUUUACGUCAGCAUGAACUACCGUCUUGGCGCUUUCGGGUGGCUUUCAGGCCCAACUUUUCAGACUAAUGGAGACGCCAACGCUGGUCUGCUCGACCAACGCUUCGCGCUUGAGUGGGUUCAACAACACAUUGCUGCCUUUGGCGGAGAUCCAAACAGAGUGACCGUUUUCGGCGAGUCGGCCGGUGGCGGGAGCAUCAUGCACCAGAUUACAGCCUACGGCGGCCGCAAUGGCUCAGCUCCGUUCCAGCAGGCCAUCCCGCAAUCUCCCGGCUUCGCCCCAAUAGUCUCAAACCAGCAGCAGGAGCAGAUCUUCAACGGCUUUCUCUCGCUCUUGAAUGUUUCGACCAUCGAACAAGCUCGCAAUCUCUCAUUCACCGCUCUUCAGACGGCGAACAUUAUCCAAGUCGGCGGCUCACCGUACGGGGGCUUCACGUAUGGCCCGGCUGUCGAUGGCAACUUCGUUCCAGCCCUACCAGGCGAGUUAUUGCUGCACGGGCAGUAUGACAAGAACCUACGCAUCAUGGUCGGCCACAACGCAAACGAGGGCCUACUCUUCACCUCCCCAUUUGUCCAGAACGACACCGCCUUCGUCACCAACCUACAGACGACUCUGCCGACUCUGCGCGCCUGGCCGCAAAUUCUCAGCUACAUUAUGAACACUUUAUACCCACCCGUUUUCGACGGCAGCCAGGCAAUGGGCUACACCAACCAGAUCGCCCGUGCCGCGGCGCUGACCAGCGAGCUCGUCUUCACGUGCAAUACCUUCUACCUCGACAAGGCGUACGGUAACAACACGUACUCGUACUUCUUCACUGUCCCGCCGGCGCUGCAUGGCCAAGACGUAGCCUAUACCUACUACAACGGCCCUUCGGCCUCGGUGCUGAACAGCACAGUGGCGGUCACGCUGCAGCAAUACAUCACUCGCUUCGCGGAGACGGGCAUGCCGAAUGAGGCCGGCGCGCCGUACUUUAACAUGUACGGCAGUAAUGCGACGGUGGAGGUGCUGAAUGUGUCGCGCAUCAGCGCUGCGAUGGAUCCGACUGCGAAUCAACGGUGCAACUUUUGGCAGAAGGCACUUUACGUAUAA